UAAUGGAAACUGUUUAUGAGGAUGCGACUAGGCGUGUUGUUAUCGUUAGCUUGCGACUACUAACAUUCACUCAAACAUCGCGGGAGCCUCCGACAGUGAAGAGAUACUUAAAAGGUGGCGAAGAUCGCGGAGUCUCCCUCCUCUAGCUAGCUAGGACCAGCAUCUGAUUAACGGUUGCAUCAAUUGCCAAAACUUCUCCGCAAACAUGAAAAUGCUUCUUGCCAUUGGCCUUCUUGUAGCCUCGUCCGUAGUCCACGCACUACCCGCCCCUGCUCCAGCUCCAUCACCACCAGGUGUCCCUACCACGGCGACGGCUAAGAGCAAUUUAGCUGCCUUGACCGUUGCAGCUCAGGGCUCCCAGGACGGCUACUCCCGAGAUCUGUUCCCUCACUGGAUCACUCAGAGCGGUACGUGCAACACGCGCGAGGUUGUUCUCAAGCGCGAUGGCACCAAUGUCGUUACAAAUUCCGCCUGUGCUUCCACAAGUGGCUCAUGGUAUUCUCCCUAUGAUGGAGCUACUUGGACCGCUGCCAGUGAUCUUGAUAUAGAUCAUUUGGUGCCUCUCUCGAACGCUUGGAAGUCUGGUGCCGCUUCAUGGACUACCGCGCAUCGUCAGGCGUUCGCCAACGACCUGACAAACCCGCAACUGCUUGCUGUAACAGACAACGUCAACGAAGCAAAGGGUGAUAGUGGACCUGAGGACUGGAAGCCCCCUCUUACCUCGUAUUACUGCACAUACGCAAAGAUGUGGGUCAAGGUCAAGUACGUCUACGACCUGACUAUCACAUCGGCAGAGAAGAGCGCACUGACGAGCAUGUUGAACACGUGCUGAGUGUUGCAUCCGCAUAAUCUCAAAAGGGCGACAAGAUCACCCAGCUGGUAGAAAACAAGAUUUCGUUACGCUUUUACAUCCGUCGUCUUUGAUACUAGGUGGACACGAUUUCAUUGCUUAUUUCUAUAGUCAAUGCUUUUCCUCCAUUUUGGGUUUGGCCGACCCACCCUCAAGCUAUCUCUUCGUGUGCCGUUGUCAUCUACUCAUCGCAAUUUGAAAUAAACCAUGCUUAUGUCU